UGCAAAUGUCAAACCGGACAGCUGACAUUAGGCACAUCCUAAUAAGAUUUUAGGUUACAAUAACAAAAACAUCAGAAAUGAUUUUAAAUAAAAAAUGUCAAUCUUUUUGGCCCAAAGUAGCCUUUUUAAAAAAACACUAUUCACAUAGUUCCAAAAAUAGUACAAAAUGGAAAAGUGUGGUAGGCUUAGAAGUUCAUGCCCAAAUUCAAACAAACAGCAAACUAUUCUCGGGGGCUCCGACGACAUUUUCGAGCCCCGUUAAUAACAACGUAUCGCUUUUUGAUAUGGCUACCCCAGGCACCUUGCCAGUAUUAAAUAAAAAGUGUGUCGAAGCUGGAGUGCUGACAGCCCUCUCGCUUAAUUGUACAGUCAAUCCAGUUUCUUAUUUUGAUAGAAAACAUUAUUUUUAUGCUGAUUUACCUUCUGGCUAUCAAAUUACCCAGCAAAGAGCUCCUUUGGCCUCAAAUGGAUGCCUUGAGUUUCAAGUGUUUUCUCCAGGGAUUCAUAAAGUUCCUUACAAAGCCAAAGUCAAUAUAAAACAGCUACAAUUGGAACAAGACAGUGGCAAAAGUUUGCAUGACUUUGAUAGGAGUUUGGUAGACUUAAACAGGGCAGGUAUUCCCUUAAUGGAGCUUGUGUUUGAACCAGAUUUAGUAGAUGGAGAAGAAGCCGCAGCAUUAAUAAAAGAAUUAAUGAUUAUACUGCAGAGAAUAAAAACUUGCUCCUGUAAAAUGGAAGAGGGAGCCUUAAGGGUGGAUGCUAAUGUUUCAAUUCAUAAAAAAGGAGAACCAUUGGGCACCAGAACUGAAAUAAAAAAUAUAGGGUCAGUCAGGGGUGUAGCGGGUGCAAUAAAAUAUGAAAUUGAGAGGCAAAUAAACAUUAAAAAUAAUAAUGGCACAAUAAGUAAUGAGACUAGGGCUUGGAAUCCUGAGAAAAAGAUUACUGUACCUAUGAGGGAUAAGGAAGUUCAGCAAGAUUACAGGUAUAUGCCUGAGCCCAAUUUACCCCCUUUGCAUAUAGGAAUGGGGCCAGUUAAGGGAGGUACUAUUAAUGCUGAUGAAAUAAAAUCUCAAGUACCAGAGUUGCCUGAAGAAACGCGGGUCAGGUUAGUUAAGGAGUUUGGGCUUACAUCACAACAAAGUAUUAUUCUGGUUAAUGAUUUCCAUCUUCAAAAAUUAUUUGAGGAAACCAUUACUGGAAGAACUUUUAACCCAUCAAAGUUUGCCAACUUUCUUAUUUAUGAACUGUACCAGUGUUUAAAUGACAAAAGUAUGGGAGUCCAAGAUAUAACAUUCGAUCUACAUUAUAUAGCUGAUGUUAUGGAUAUGAUAGAAAAUGCCACAAUAAACAGAACCACCGCUGUUUUAGUUUUAGAAGAAUUGUUGCAAGGAAAUCUAAAGCAGCCACUGAAAAUUGUAGAGGAUAAUAAUUGGAGACAGAUCUCUGAUGAAUCAGAUUUAAGAGAAAUAUGCCAGCAAGUAAUGCAGGAGAAUGAAAAGGCUGUUAAAGAUUAUUUAUCAGGAAAGGAAAAAGUAUUUAAGUUUUUAAUGAAGGCCGUUGCAAAUAAAGCUGGAGGCAAAGCUGACAUGAAAAAAUGUGUUCAGAUAUUUAAGACGUUAUUGUUAGAACGUUUAAAGAAAUAAAAGUUUGUUAUAAAGUA